CUUAAAAACAUCGACGGGUACAAAGUUUAUGCCACUAUGGAUCGAUGUCAUCUGCAUUGGCCAGGAGAAUUUGGAGGAGCGUAAUCAGCAAGUUAGCAUUAUGGUCGAUAUUUACUCCCGAGCUUAUAUAGUGUCUAUAUGGCUUGGCCCCGGAACCCCCGAGUCCAACAAGGUAUUCAAAUUUGUAUCCAGGUGGCAAAUAUUGCUAUCUUUUCAGAGAAAGCUUUCUUCAUUCGGGUUAGGAUGGUUCCCUUGGGCUAUUCGUUACUCUAUGCUCUUUAUUAUGAAAUGUUCAGGCCAUCUCAAAACCAUUGCCCGCUGCUGUGACAAGGACAUUGGACGUCGGAGCUAUUGGUUGCGAAUCUGGACCCUUCAAGAAAUCGCAUCUGCAGAAUCGGAGCGUAUCGUAUUGUAUUGUGGAGACUCGCACCCAGUUAUAUACCCACUCUUUCAUGAGGCACUAGGUGGUAUUACGUCCGAGAUGUUCAAAAUCCAUACCAGCGCACAUUUGCUUGGAUGGACAAAAAAAUACACUGAAUCCCGGGAAUCCCCUUUGUCAACUCAUGCCCGAUUGAUGAUUGCUCUGACCAAGAGUGCGACAUACCCAAGAGAUAAGAUUUUCGCAAUACGGGCUCUCUUCCCUGAUGUACUGGAAACCAUCCCUGUGGACUAUUCCGUAGCCGUUGGAGACCUCUAUGCAAUGGCGACCAAAGUUAUAGUGGAGUAUAACAAAUCAUUGGAAUUCUUAAAACACCUUGAUGGUAACAGUGCAUGGACAGAUGGUCCAUCAUGGGCUGUUGACUUUUCAUUACCCG